AGCCAUUUUGAUUCGAGCAAUUCUGGUUCCGCCUCUCGCCGAGUGCCCCUACCGUCCGAGCCGCCAUGGCUGUGCUCGCGGCAUCGCUCCUGUGGCUGCUCUGCCUUGCCUGGGCCGCGACCGGGAUCAGCGAGGACUGGAUGACAGAAAUCCUGGAAGCGCACAACACCUUCCGCUGCAUGCACGACGUGCCGCUGUUCGAGUGGGACGACGCUGCUGCUGCCAGCGCGCAGGCGCACGUGGACGCUGGCGUAUUGGAGCUCAGCGGCGGAUUGGUGGGCGACGAAUAUUGCACCGAGCUCCACGCGUGGUCGUCUGAUGAGACUGCGGCGGAGGCGGCGGGGAGAUGGUAUGCAGAGAUUGAGAAUUCCCCCGGUGGCACGGGGGUGGUUCCGGAGUACACCGGCCAAUGCAGAGGCUACACCACGCUCGUCUGGAAGUCUUCCGUCCGGCUCGGCUGCGGCCGUGGACCCCGGAACGACAAGGGCGGCGACUGGACGCUUUGCUACUACUGCCCGGAAACUAAUGUGGGUAGCUUCGCGGACAACGUCUUCGCUGCAAGCAAGACGGCCGAGCAGUGCGCCUUUUGUGCCAGCGGCGGCCCGGGCCCGAGCCCGAGCCCGAGCCCGAGCCCGAGCCUGAGCCCGAGCCCGAGCCCGAGCCUGGGCGGCAGCGGCCUCGACAGCGAGAACCUCGACGCAGACUCCGCCGUCCAGGCUUCCCUGGCCGCCCUCGCCGUCCUGCUGCUGAUUGGUGUCGCCGCGAUCGCCGUCUGAGAUACGUUGUCAAUACUUGCGUAUGCAACGGCUGGCGACAACUUCUACACCUCUGCUACCGCCUACAAUUCCACGCCUGCGCCCGGUCCAUUCGCUUUCCCCUGUUGCUUUCGGCUGGGUGCACUUCCGAGUGCAGUGCAAGGUUGCUUGUCGACGCAGCGCCGCCGUGGCCUGCACACUGAUGCCGUGGUAGCUGGGCCGUAUAAAUGAAACUGGUGGAGCCAGACGGGUUCAGGACUGCCUCACAGAGGCAUCCCAGGGACUGCCUCACAGAGGCAUCCCAGGCGUUGGUUUCUCCUCUACAAUUACACAAUAUGAAAAUACUCUCCCACUUCCCCUGAUGGCGUCC